AAUAAUAAUAAUAUUGAAAAAAACAAUGUCUAGAUAAUACAGUAACAGAUUUGCAAUUUGCCGAGCACCGAGCAUCGUUUUGUUGUUCGCAUACGAAUUGUAAAAACAAUAUUAUGUCAAGACUGGAAAUUUCCGUACCGCCAUUCGCCUUCCCACUCGUGCUGCCCGUAUAGAUAGACCUUAAGGGUCUGCACCUACUCGAUCUGCCUACGCUCGAUCGCGUUUCCAUUUUUAAGACGUCCGCAGCCGUAACUCGUAAUCGUUGUUUUGUAAUUGAAAACGCCAUCGUGUAAUUCAUGGAGUGCGUACGUCGUCAAUGGCAUUUCGAGAGACUAUCUUACACGCGUCUCGUCGUCUCGUAGACAUCCGUCGAGAAUUGCGAAGACGACAUUGAUACGAUAUCGUCGUCGUUCUCAUAUUGCACCUCAACUCUGUGGUCGUCUACCGUGCGUGCUCCUGUGUAAUGUCCGUCACCGUACAGCAGAUAUUGUCCGACGCCAAGCGAUUGGCAUCCAAACUCAAAGAACACGACACAGCAGCCGAUUCGUUGUUGUCCCAAGCCCAGUUCGUCUACAAGAAGAUCGAUGCCAUGAAACAAUAUACGGACGAUUUAUCAGAACUCAACGACAUGGAAGAAGGAGGUCUGCCACAUGAAGAACUGGUCAACUCUAUUCGAACAGAAAGUCGGCAGUUACAAGAGAUUGUACGUGAAAACCGAAUAUUAAGAGCAAUGGUUGCUGAACACCAGACUGCGCUAGAAAUGAUCAUGAGCAAAUAUCGGUCUCAGGUUUCACAUCUUAUUUCCCAAAGCAGUGCCGACCAGCUUGUUAACAAUAUCACAGCCAAGACAAUAGAAGAGAAAAAUGCGUUGAUAAUUCAACAGGAAGAACGUAUCAAAGAAAUGAUGGCUGUCAUGAGUCUUGCUUCUCGUUUAGAAGCUGAAGAAGCAAGUAAAAAGGAAGAAACUAUUGGCAGGUUACAAAUUGAAAACCAAACACUUAGAAAACUUUUGAAAAUAUCCAGUGACCUAUCUGUAGAAAAAGGACCCGACACAAUUUCGGCAUCUACAUAAACUUGUAAACUUAAUACAUUACCAUUGCUAAAUCAAAAUACUCAAAAAACAAUAAAUUCAAAUGUCAUUAA